GACCUUCUCUCUCAUUCUCUCUCGCUCUCGCUCUCGCUAUCAGAGAUGGAACCUCACCGGAGAUCCGGCGAUCCACCGGCAUCGUGGCCAACGAAGCCAAAGCUUCGAGCCUCCACCUUCUUCUCCUGCUGCUUUCGCGGGGCCACCACCAGCGCGAAAGCGGAUGACCACCCCACGACUUCGCUGAUCCGAUCGUCGUUCACCUGGCUCCGAUCAGUGGUUCCAGAUAUCGGAGAUCGGUGCUGGAGCAUCAUAUCAAGAUUCCGGAGAUCGCGACGGCGUUACGGCGAAUUCAGGUACGAUCCGCUCGACUACGCUCUAAACUUCGACGAUGGUGACGAUAACAACGGCGGCGACGGCGGAGGCCUUGUGUUCCUGGCCGAUGGGUUUCGGUGCCAGGAUUUCAUGUCCAGGCUUCCGAAUUCUCCAGUGCUGCCGCCAAGUAGAUAGCAAUGCUAGGGUUUUGGCUAUACAUCUUCGGAUCUGGUGUUAGGGUUUGAUUGAUCCUUUGUUUUAUGCGCUUUUUUUGAUUGCAAGAUUAUCACCAUCUCGAUCUCUUGAAGAUGAGAUUGGCUGAAUUUCUCAA